UAGAUCUACUUUACUGUACUAAAACCACCCACACACAUACUAGUUAGUUCAAGCUGUAAUGUCCUGGUUGUUUCUCUUAUCAUUGGUACUUUAUGUAUCAUGUCAACAGUUUGGUUCACUACCUCCUCGUCCAGAUACUGGUAUCAGAUUGUUUCUUGGUGAGGAAAAUGUGACUAUUGCUAACUUCUCAAUGAUAGCUGCUGGUCUGUUUCAUGAUUCAGAUAUCGAUGAACCUGGUAGUGUUGGUGGUAGUCCUGAUGGUCAGAAUGAUGGUUUGUGGUGUCAGAGUUCUCUUAAUCAGAAUAUGAUAGGAACAUGGUAUUACCCUAAUGGAACAACUGUACCAUUGGGUUCUGGUAGUCCUCUGUUUGCUAACAACACUGCUACUGGUCAAGUUGGUUUGUUAAGAAAUGGAGGAAUAGGAAACAUUCAAGGACUAUACAGAUGUGUUAUACCAAAUGAAGAAGGAAUCAAUCAGACACUGUAUGUUGCUGCUUAUCGGAACAAUGAUUUUAUUAGAAAUGAUGAACUCCCAAUGAUUAAUGGCAGUAGUCCUUCCUUCCAGCUCCUCUCAUUAGUUGAUGCUGAUCCUCCAGUGUUUAGUUUAUCAUUUAAUGUCACUAAUAGAUCACCAACAAUAGUCACUUGCUCUGUUGAUAAUGGAAACCAGUUUAAUGUAUCUGAUAAUGAUCUGAUACGUACUGUAACACCAGUUAAUAAUGAUGUACAAGUACAAGUAUCAGUAAUAUUUAGAAUGAGAGUGUCUGGUCUGUAUAAAUGUUUUGUUACUACUGACAGAAUUACAACCACACCUUUAGUAUCUACUAAUAUGGCAACAAGAGAUAUUACUGUAACUGGAUCUGCAUCAAACUUGGUCUACAGCAGAAAUAGCCUUAUGUCAGUUACACUGGAUUGGUCUCCCUCAGCAGUGAUUAGUGCCACUCCUCAGUAUCAUGUCUUUGUUAAUAACAGUAAUGGUAUUAUUAUGAAUGACAACACUACAAAUACUGAGCUGUCUCUCUCAUUAUGCCCUGAUGAUGAAUAUAAUAUUAGACUAGUAGCUACUGGUGAAGACUUACCCAGUGGAAUAAUCACUGUUACUGUUCCUCAAGUUGUCAGUAUUGAUGUACAAGGGCCAGUUAUGAUGCCAUUGUCAUCUUCCUUUUCAUUAUCCUGUACAUUGACAUUAGCUGCUGAAGUGAUUGUUACUCUAAUUGACAUGUUCUGGGCUAACUCUAAUUUGAAUCAUUUCAAUUCUACAACUGAUGAAGACAUAUUCUUAGAUACUUUAGAGCCUACAAUGAUAUCAGUUAAUGAUAAUGUUGUAUAUACACUUACUCUUAACUUCAGUUCAUUGCAAGCAUCACAGGUUGGAGAAUAUGUUUGUGGAGCUCUACUAAAUGACAGUAGCAAUACUGUUAGUGUGACGUCAAAUUAUUCUGUAUCUGUACAAGUACCUCCUCCCAGUGUAUCAAUAGUUGCUGAUCCUCCAACUGGUCCAAUAUAUGAGAGUACAAGUUACGUACUAACCUGUACAGCUACAGUAAACACUACAAUAGUGGAUACACCAGUAACUGCUAGUGUAGUAUGGACUGAUCCUAGUGGUAAUGUAAUACCAACUAAUGAAGCAAGACGUCAAGUGAUACCUCCAACUGGUAACAGUCUUGUAAGCAUGCUAUUGUUUCUACCUAUUGAUACUGGUCUUAAUAAUGAUGGAGGAACAUAUACCUGUCAAAUGAUUAUCAAUUCUAGUAACUCAUUAAUAGCAUCAAGUCAACCUACUGCUACUACCCAUAAUGUUACUGUUGAAAGUCUUCCUCCAAUGACAGUAAAAUUUUCAUCAGUUGGUUCAUUUGAAGUUGGUCAGAUUCUAACUAUAACUUGUACCAUAACAACAGUUGAGAGAUUAGUAGUAAAACCAAUGAUUACUCUCUUUAAAAUGAAUGAUACAGAUAUGGAAAUGCUCUCUAACUUAAAUAGACCAUACAGUAUCACAACAGAUGAUACUGGUUCAGUUACUAACUAUACUCUAAUACUGGAUCCAGUGAGGUUUGAAGAUGCUGGAAUGUAUACAUGUAUGGCUGAGUUUAAUGUAACUGGUUUUAAUAAUACCAAUGAUCCUAGCACUGCUACUUAUGAUUCUCAAGAGGCUAGUGAUGUUUUCACCUUGAUUGUUGACUUUCCACCAGUACUUGUUACUAUAUCAAAGGAACAUGAUGAUACAUUAUAUGCAGGGACACCAUUCUUCAUCAAAUGUGACAUAAUGUUAGAUCCAUUAGUUACUAUACCAGUGACUGUCACUAAUCAAUGGACACGUGAUGGUACUAAUGUUCCUAUGGGUUCAUCUGAUGCUACUAUUACUGAGGGUCUCAAUAUGAUCAAUACAUUGCAUUAUAAUGCAACAUUAAUGUUCUAUUCAUUGGAUAAUGCUAACGACACUGGAAUGUAUACUUGUAAUGUUGAAGUGACUGCUCCUAAUAGUUACAUAUAUCUCAGGAAUACAUCAGCUAGUGCUAAUAUUUCCAUUACAGUUUAUGCACCAACAAUAAUACCACUUGAUGAUAAUAAUGACAAUAUUCUAGCGAUUGUUAUUCCAAUAGUUGUUGUGUUCAUUGUUGUUGUAGUAUUUGUUGUAUUGCUUGUAAUUGCACACAAAAUAAGAUCUCAUAAUUCUACAUCACCCAGUGCUACUAAUGAAGAGUUUGACAUGAAGAAACAGUUUGGAGCGGAUGAUCCUGGUUCUGCUAAAGGAGGUGAUAAUGAUACUGGAUCAGGUGGAUGGUCUGGUGGUUCUUAGUAUUCGUAUAGACCUACCACUGCAUAGAGGCAUAUAAUAAGAACCAGUGUUUAAUUAAUGUUUUUAAUACACUUUUCAUGUUAUUGAGUAU